AUGGCAGAGUCGACACCACCAACAAUAUCGCGUACACAACAUAGAGUCGAAUAUACACCAUGUAUUGAUACAACAGUGGCAUCGUCGACAUCGAAGAAAACACGUGGAAAUAUGAAUCCUCAUUCAAGUUUUGAUCUGAUUAGUGAAACACGGGAAUACGAUACUUCAAUAGCUAAAAAUUGCGACCGCCAUACGCAAUCUCAUCGUAUACUUGAACGUGAUCUACGUCGAUUAGAUAUUGAAUCGGAUCAAUUUAGUAUAGAAAUGAAAAAUAAGAAAUUAGCUCGAACUGAAUCUAUUUCAUUACCAACUACACCAGUUGAACAUAUGUGUUCAACAUUUAAUCAAAAAUCUCAUAAUUUAACAGCAACAUCAGUAAUUAAUCAUGAGCAUGAUGGUUAUGUGAAUGAUGACGAUGAUGAUGAUGAUAAUAAUGACGAUGCUAUACAGCAUUUUUGUUUUACAUCAUCAAAAAACUUCAAAUUGACUUCGUCAGAACAAAUAACAAAUGAGUCAAUAUCAAAUAUUAAAAGUUUUCAGCAAUCUACUGAAUAUUCUUCUUCGAAAUCUUCGUCAUCAGAAUUAAGUGUUCCAAUUUCAUUUGGUGUCGAUUGGACUGAACAAGCACAUCCACUUUCACAUUGUUGGUUUCCGUAUACUUUAACCGAUCCAUCAUCAGCUCCAUCAUGUUAUUUUCUGUCGUGUCAAAAUCCAAGGCCAACACUAGUAUUAUCACUUGUUCAAUGUGAAUCCUGCUUAAUUGUUGUACAUACUCAUCAUUUGUCAAAUUUACGAACAACAAAAUCAAAUAUAACAAAUUGUAUGCCUCCAUGUCGUCCAUCAUUUUGUGAUGAUCAUGAACCUGAUGAACAACAUAAGCGUGAUCGACAUUUUUGGUUGAAUACAAUAGUACUCGCUAAACCUUGUGCAUUUUGUAAGCGAAAAUCAAUGUCAAGUUCUCUGUUUAAUAAUACUCGAGCAUCAACGAUGCCAACAUUAGAUCUCAUGCCGAAAAGUAUUACAAAUAGUAAAAGUCCUGUGCCUGGUAGUCCACAAUUGUCUGGCCCAACAGGUGGCCUUCAAUGUGUUUGGUGCUCCCGUGGUUAUCAUAGACAAUGUUGGGAGCACAUAUCUAAUCAAGAUGACAAAAAUAAAUGUGAUUAUGGAAUCUUUAGAAACAUCAUUGUUCGACCACAAUGGAUACGUCGCAUUUCAAAUUCUUCACCUAAUUUUCGUGCUCAAUUUCCUUCUAACCAUGAAAACCAUUCAAUAUAUACACCAAUACUUCUCUUUAUAAAUAAACGUUCAGGUGGUCAAAGUGGUGAAAAAAUCUAUCGUAAAUUAUUACGUUUACUGAAUCCUCGUCAAGUAUUUCUACUUGAAAAUGAUCAAACUAUAAUUAAUGCAUUAGAAAUUUAUUCAUCCUUAGAAAAUAUUCGUAUAUGUGUAUUUGGUGGCGAUGGUACCGUCGGGUGGGUAUUAGGUCGUUUAGCUGAAUUAUUUCCAUCGUUAAAUAAUCCACCUGUAUGUAUAUGUCCAUUGGGCACAGGUAAUGAUCUAUCUCGAGUAUUAUCAUGGGGCGAACAAUAUGAUCCAAAACGUUUACUGUCAACUUUAACACAAAUUCCUCAAGCAAAACCUAUAGCACUUGAUCGUUGGCAAGUAGCUAUGGAGCAAGUCGAUUUAACCAAGUCUAAUUUUAAUCUCAAUAGUGGACGAACAUUUUUAUCGUUUAUAGCACAUCCAAAAUUUAUUCGCGAUACCCAACGUGCAUCAUAUCAAAAUCACCGCACAUUACCCAAUACACGUUUUAUAAAUUAUAUGAGUUUUGGUUUAGAUGCAGCAAUAGCAUUAGAAUUCCAUGAUAGACGGUCACGUGAUCCAGCUAAAUUUUCAUCACCAUUAAAAAAUAAAUUGAUGUAUUUAAAUGAAAGUCGAAAAUAUUUAAAUGAUUUUGCACGUUCAAAAAUGUGGAGUUUAAGCUCAUAUAUACGUUUAAUAUGUGACGGAGAAAAUUUAACAGAUUGCAUUAAAAAUUGCCAUACUUUACUUGUUUUAAAUAUUCCCGGUUAUGCAUCAGGAACUAAUCCAUGGGGAAAAUCAUCACAUAAUUCAUCAUCAUCAUCAUCAUCAUCAAUAACCAUACAAAAAGAUUCAGACUCAUUUGACCAAAUAUCAACCAGUUCUGUUGAAUUAACUGACUUGCCAGCAAAUACACACGAAGUUUAUGAAUUAGUGACAUUAAGUGAUUGUCCCAAUGAUCAAAACAAUUCAACGCCGUGUACAACGACAAACAAUUCGCCGAGUCGUUUUGAACGACAAGAUUUUGGUGAUAGAAGAAUUGAAGUUGUUGGCUUAAGUACAACACAUAUGGCUACAAUACAUAUCGGUUUUCGUGGCAUGCGUAUUGCACAAUGUAGUCAGUUACGUAUUGAAUUAUGUUGUCCAAUGACAGCUCAAAUGGAUGGCGAACCGUUUUAUUUGCCAGAAUCUGUUGCUAUAAAUAUCACACAUGCAGGCCAAGUGUUGGUAUUAAGAAAUGAAAACAGAUAA